AGCCCAAUUGCAGACCAUGCGGGACGCUGUCGAAAUGUCCAAGCAAGCUGUCCCUUUUUCUAGAAAAUGCCAAGCUCCCAACAGGAGCCUCGCUUAGACAAGGAUUUGACCUUGGGCAGGGGUCGGGACUCACACCCAGAUUAUCUCGACUAGCCGGCUCCCAAUAAAACUCGUGGCCAUGCUCUCUGUCCUUUCGCAACGGAUUUUCCUCUGAAUGUACUGCGAGGCCUGGCAAGCGUAACCAGACUGAUUAGACACCAUGAUUUCUACCACGACCACCACCGUGAUCAAGACAAGAGGUGCCAAGCAGUCGCUUGAGCCCGCCUACCCAGAUGUCAACACCCUCCGCAAGGCGAUUCCUCCUCACUGCUUCCAGCCCUCAGCUGUCCGCUCUCUCGGCUAUGUAGCCAGGGAUCUCACCCUCGCUGCUGGCUUGGUCUAUGCCGCACUGACCUACAUCCCACAACUCUCCAACCCAUGGGCUCGCGCCGGAGCGUGGGCCGCAUAUGGUUUCGCCCAAGGUCUUGUCGGCACCGGAAUCUGGAUUCUAGCACACGAGUGUGGCCACGGCGCCUUCUCCCUGCACCGCCACCUCAACGACUUCGUCGGCUGGGUCUUGCACUCCUUGCUCCUCGUCCCCUUCUUCAGCUGGAAGUUUAGCCACGCCAGACACCACAUGUACACGGGCCACAUGGAGAAGGAUAUGGCUUUCGUCCCGGCCACCAAGAAGGACUACGAGCGCAAGGUCGCCGCGCGCAGCUGGUGGAGCAACCUGGGCAUUGACGGCGAGCUGUUUGAGGAGACGCCCAUUGUGAACAUGGUCAAGCUGGUAGGCCACCAGCUGUUUGCUUGGCAGGGAUACCUGCUGUUCAACAUCUCCGCCGGUCCCAAGAGUCUGCAGCGCAAGGGCACCUGGUUCCGCAAGUCGCACUUCGAGCCUACUUCCGUUGUUUUCCGUCCUCAGGAGGCCCUCUACGUUCUGAUCACUGAUAUCGGUCUGGCUCUCGUCGGCUACGGCUUGUACCUGGCUUCGCAAAAGGUUGGCGGUCUGACCACCUUCCUGCUGUACGGUGUCCCCUACUUCUGGGUUCACCACUGGCUCAUCGCCAUCACCUACCUGCACCACCACCACGAGGAUGUGAAGCACUUCGACGCCGAGGGCUGGACCUUCGUCAAGGGUGCCCUAGCCACCAUUGACCGUGACAUGGGCUGGAUCGACCGCCACCUUUUCCAUGGUAUCAUCGGAACCCACGUUGUGCACCAUCUAUUCGCACGUAUCCCCUUCUACUACGCCGAGGACGCCACCGAGGCCAUCAAGCCCAUGCUCGGCGACCUCUACCACCAGGACAAGCGAUCGUUCCACGCCCAGCUCUGGUCUGCCUUCACCACUCUCAAGUACGUCGAGCCGGAGCCCAAGAUGCCCGGUGUCUUGAGAUGGCACAAGGAUUAGGUGCCUUGAAGCGCCAUGUGUUUUUUAUGAUGAGAAAUCCUUUACUGCUUUGCUUUUUGGAAAAGACAUUGCAUGAUAGAGAUACGUGUGUUGUGAAAGGAAUGGGGGUAAUAGAUCUUUCGCACGCAAUAGACGUUAGAAACU